AUGAUAGGAGCACAAAGUAACAGAGUGGGGUUAGGAUCGAAUAGGAAAGUCCAAGAUGCGGAUAUAUUGAAGUCUUUUAUUCGGCAAGACGAGAAUGAUAAAUAUAAGAUCCAUGCAAUGAAUUUAGAAAUGCAGAACGAGUGGUUAGACAUAGGAGAUUUUUGCAUCCCAUUAGCAUUAAAAUGGCGCACUUUAAUUUAUGAUUGGUCGCCAGCAUUGCUAAAAUUCUAUCUCAAUGCGUUCCAGAUGACUCUCCCAGAUCAGAGUAAUUUAGUAAAAUGGGGUAAAAGUACCGAAAAAACUUGCUAUAUCUGUGGAAAGGCAGUUGGAACUGCUAAGCAUCUGCUGGUGGGAUGUAAGGUACUACUUGACAGCGGUCAAUACUCGCGUCGUCACGAUAGGGUUCUAGAAGUCAUACGUGAAGCGGUUAGUCUUUCGGUAGCCAGAGCGCAAAAGGGAAUAACCACAAACGCACGAUCAGUAGGUUUUGUGAGAGAAGGCACUAGGGCUACAAAAUCAAACGUCAAGCCUUACUCCAUCCUUAAAGCGGCGUCGGAUUGGACUAUAAUGAUGGACACGUAUGAAAAACAAUAUAAAAUCCCCGAGGAUAUUUGUGCGUCGGCCUCCAGACCGGAUAUAUUUUUGUUUUCGCGAAUUUUAAAGCGCGUAGUGAUGAUAGAGCUUACGGUCCCUUGGGAAACCAACAUCCCCAAAGACCAUACCAUCAAGGUCAACAAAUAUUACGAGCUCACAAACGAACUCACUCGAAAUAGGUUCGUAGUAGAUUUGUACGCGGUAGAGGUGGGAGCGAGAGGUAUAACAGCGAAAUCUCUCUAUAACCUACUAAAGGACUUGGGCUUGUCCAGAACUCACAUUAAUGCAUUCUUGGAACGUACAUCGAAGGCAGCCCUAGUAGGUUCUUUUCAAAUUUGGUUAGGUAGGGAGAGGAGCUUGGACAGUGGAGGUGAGCGUAUAACGCGCGUUAGUUAA